UUAGAAAAUAUAUGUGUAAGCUCAGCUCCAUAUUGUUCCUCCAUGUCCAAACUGGUAAAACCCCAUUUUCAGUGAAUCCCUCCUACAUUUGAAUACACCCCAAAUAAAGAAUAGCCAGGAAACACCCAUCAAAAGCAAGCAAGAAAUAUACCCUCCCCCUCCCCCUCCCCCACCCAUGAAAAAGAAAAGCAACAAUUUUUACUCUCUCUCUUGUCUCUCUCUAAUUAUGUUUUGUUGUCCCUAACCUCAAAGUCUCAAACAUCUACUACUCCAUAUAUAUAUAUACUGUCUGCCCGGCUUCCUUGUCCAAUCCGAAAUAUUCAUUAGUAGAAAUCGAAAGUAGUAGGUGUGAUUCUUUGAUGUGGUGCUUAAAUGGAUACUUUGUUUAGACUGGUGAGCCUUCAGCAAUCCGAUCAGUCGUUCAACUCCAGCAGGACUUCCAGCAGCUCAAGAUCUUCCAGGCACAAUAAUUACCAUCAUCACCAGGAAGACGAAGAAUGCUUCAACUUUUUCAUGGAUGAAGAUGACUUCUCUUCUUCUUCUUCCAAGCACCCAUACCCGCCAUCAUCAUCUUCUUACCACCAUCAUCAUCAUCAGUAUCAACAGUUCUCCAACACCCCCACUCCCACCACCACUAGCAGCACUCCUCCCCACUCCUACUCUCACCCGCAGCCCACGUUCGACCCUAAUCUCGAAUUCGGUUCCGCGUUUUCCGGGAAGUGGGCCACCGAGAUUCUCGUGGAGACUGCGCGUGCCGUGGCGGAGAAGAAUAGCGGCCGCGUGCAGCAGCUGAUGUGGAUGCUGAAUGAGCUCAGCUCGCCCUACGGCGACACUGAUCAGAAGCUCGCGGCUUACUUUCUCCAGGCGCUGUUUAGCCGCAUGACGGAUACCGGCGAUCGGACUUACCGGUCGUUGGUGUCGGCCUCCGACAAGACUUGCUCCUUCGAGUCAACCAGGAAGAUGGUGUUGAAGUUCCAGGAGGUGAGUCCGUGGACGACUUUCGGUCACGUCGCUUGUAACGGCGCGAUCAUGGAGGCUUUUGAAGGGGAGAGCAAGUUGCAUAUUGUUGAUAUUAGCAACACGUUUUGCACGCAGUGGCCUACUUUGCUUGAAGCUCUGGCUACUCGGACGGACGAGACGCCUCAUCUCCGCCUCACCACGGUGGUGGUUAACAAAGCCUUCGGCGGCGGUGGAAGCGGAGGCGCGGCGUCGAUCCAGAAGGUUAUGAAGGAGAUCGGGAAUCGGAUGGAGAAGUUCGGUAGACUCAUGGGAGUGCCGUUUAAAUUCAACGUUAUUCAUCAUUCUGGCGAUUUAUCUGACCUGGAUUUAUCCGCGCUUGAUAUUAAGGAAGACGAAGCGCUGGCGAUCAACUCCGUCGGCGCGUUACAUUCGGUCACGGCGGUGGGGAGCCGGCGGGAUUACUUGAUAUCCGUUUUCCGGCGCCUGCAGCCGAGGAUUUUGACGGUGGUGGAAGAAGAAGCGAACGUGGACGUAGGAGUUGAGGGCUUCGAUUUCGUUAGGGAUUUCCAGGAAUGUCUGAGGUGGUUUAGGGUUUACUUCGAGUCUCUGGACGAGAGCUUCCCCAAGACCAGCAACGAGCGUUUGAUGCUGGAGAGGCAAGCCGGGCGAGCGAUCGUCGACCUGGUGGCGUGCCCGCCUUCCCAGUCCAUCGAGCGGCGCGAGACGGCGGAGCGCUGGUCACGUCGCCUCCAUGCAGCCGGUUUCACCCCCAUUCCCUACAGCGACGAAGUCUGCGACGAUGUCCGCGCCCUGCUCCGAAGGUACAGAGAAGGCUGGACAAUGGCACCGUGCUCCGGCGACUUAUCCGCCGGAAUAUUCCUAUCGUGGAAAGAUCAGCCGGUGGUUUGGGCUAGUGCAUGGAGACCUUAGCUUUCCCUCACUAGUGGAAUGGUGACUGUGGUGGCACUUCCACAGUUCCACUCCCCCUCCUGUCACGUGCUGUACGAAUUCUCGGCACGUGCGCAUGGCACCCAAGUUGAGUUUGUGGAUUUGUUGGGUGGUAGAUAGAGAAAGGUAUUAUUAUCAUCAUCAUUUAUGGCUUUUUAAUUAACAGUUUUUUUUUUUUUUUUUUUCAUUUUUAAUUUUAGUGGCAUAACUUUUUUCCAUUAACCUAGCUUUUUGUUAACAAUUGGUGAUUGAUAUGUGGGCAUUGACAACCAACCAAAUUUCUUUUCUUUAA